UAUAGCAGCGUGUGGAUCAACAUCGUGUCAGGAACAAUCACAUGGUUGGCGUGGUUUGGUGUGAAUCAGUUGGCAAUGCAACGUUAUGCGAGUCUACCCAGAUUAGAGCAAGCUCAGGUACGUCACUGCCCUGAGAAGCAAAUCUUAUUUGCCCGUAACAUCCACUUGCAAAUCAUCUAUUGGACUCUUGCUCCCUUCACUAUUCUCUGCUCUGCAGUCGCUUUCAUUGGGUUCAUUGCACUGGCUUAUUUUUACAAUUGCAACCCUAUUGAGACUGGUCAAAUCACAGAAACCGAUCACCUAACUAUCAUAUUUGCCAGAGAUGUUCUGCAGCCAACCCCGGGUCUUUUUGGACUGUAUAUCUCCUGCAUAAUGUCUGCGACUCUUUCGACCUUGUCCAGUGGAAUGAAUAGCAUGGCAGCGGCAGUAUAUGAAGAUUUCAUAAAAAGUUCAAUGGACGGCCGAAUCACUGACCAUCAAGCCACGCUUGUAAAUAAGGUUGCCUGCUUGAGCCUGCAUUUUUCGGCAAAAUUCAUAGCAAUUGUUGUCAUCGGAGGAGUUGUAUCCACAGCGCUAGCAUUUUCCGCGGAGUCACUAGGUGGAAUACUUAGGGUAACCAUAUCUGUCAUGGGUGCUAUAUCAGGACCAAUGGUAGCUAUUUUUGUGCUGGCCAUGUUCUUCCCUAAAACAGGCUUUUGGAGUUGUUUGAUCUCCUUUAUUGUCUCCAACAUUAUAAUGGUUGCAAUAUGUAUGGCUAAUUAUAUUGAAGACCCCUAUGGUGACCUCUUUCUACCAACAAACUCCAGCAUAACUGGAUGCCAAUCACGUAAUUUUACCGUAAGACAAUUACCUCCAUAUGAUGCUCACUAUGGAAAUCAGGAAACGAUGUACAUAUCGAGGUUUGCAGGCGUUCACUCUGAAAAAGUUGGAAGUAUAUUAUGA